AUGUCAUCCCGCAAUUGCUCGUUACCAAACCUGUACGACAUAGUUGACGAGAAUGGCCAGCCAGAUACUGUGGCUCAGCAGACAAUCCUUGCCGUCACCUUCACCAUGGGCAUCCUGUCCGUUCUCGGCAACUCUCUCGUUAUCGCCACCUGCCUCUUCAACAGCUUCAAGCGCAGGAUUCGCCGACGGAUAAACAUCUUCGUCUGCAACCUGUCCCUGGCCGACCUGUGCAUCGGCGUGUGUUUCCCCAUCACGCUCCGCCUUGGCUCGUCACGCGUGGACGUGGUCAGCAGCGUCUUCCUGCUCGUGUCGACCGUGUGCGUGACGUCCGUGGCCCUGGAGCGUUUCGUGGCGGUGGUCUUGUCUCCGUUCCGUUACAAAGAGAUGUUUACGUACAGACGCUGCAUCGUGAUAAGUCUUUUCUGCUGGAUCAUCCCCGUGGUAGUCACCAUCCCUCUGUCGUUAAACCUCGAGAUAUUCUACCGUGUCUUUUUCGUCGUUGCCCCGUGUGUUGUCCUGUUUGAACUUUGCCUCACAGGGGCUCUUUACUCAGCUAUUUACUACACCGUCCGUAAACAGCGACGACAGAUUACGGUUAACCUUCCCUUAGCACCUGAACUUCAUCAGACCCGUCGUCUGUCAACCCUCUUUGCCCUUAUUGUUGGCCUGUUUCCGCUGUGUUGGCUUCCUAUGGUAGUCAUCGUUAUGGUACAAUCCCUAAGUUUCGGCAAGAAGAACGUUUGUUUCGUUGCUAAUGUGCCGUUUUACGCCGGUCUGUGUGUCGGCCUUAUCACCUCCGUGGUAAACCCAUUCAUCUACUGGUGGCGGAUGCCAGACUACAAGGAUGGAACUAAGGCUCUGUGCGCCUUCCUAUUCUGCAAGAAAUCGAAUGUUGUCGAUCCCAUUGUCACCGUCUCUUCUGUAUCUAUGGUCACCGGCUGCCAUGCUGAUCAACUCCAGGAGCUUUACCGAAGCAGGCAGUUCACCACAUCUCAGAUGCCUUUAGUCGUCGGGUGA